ACCGUGUUCGCCUCAACCAGACCUACGUUCACCAGUUCAGCCGGGUCGACACCUACAUGGUAAACCUGACCGCACACAACCAGGUGAGUUCUGAGCGGCGCCACCUGCAGGUGGAGGUGAUGGAGCCAGUGAGCAUGCUGAGUAUCCUGGACUGCUGUGACACCGCCAUGCCUGUGGGCGUCAAGAAGACCUUGGUAGCCGACAUCCUGACAGGAAACCCGGUGACCUUCCUGUGGACCUUUGACCUUAACCACCUCCCCCUUCCCCACAUCGGGAAGGAGGUGACCUACAACCCCGACCAGGCCGGGUCACUCACCAUCUACCUGAGGGCGUUCAACCUGCUAAACGGCCAGAACAUCACAUGGCACAUCCAGGUGCAGAACGUUCUGACGGAGGCCCGGGUGGAGGCCCAGCCCAGAGACACCUUCAUCAACAAGACGGUGAUGCUGACGGUGGGCGUUGCCCCUCCAUCCACACCCGUUACCUACCUCUGGGACUUUAGGGARGGCUCUGCGCCCCUGCUCUCUACCACCUCCUCUGUUGAACAUGUGUACAUGUUCCCAGGUCAAUACCUGGUCCAGGUGAACUGUAGUAACUUGGUGAGCUGGGUGGUAGCCAGGGUGGAGGUGACCAUCGGGGUGUUGGAGUGUGAGGAGCCAGAGGUCCAGGUAGUCCAGGCUCCAAGGCUAGCCAUCUGGCGCUACCAGCCCACCCUGGUGGAGGCUAGCGUGGACCUGAAGGCUUGCAUCCGCUACGGAGCCCAGUACCUCUGGGAGAUCUUCUCCACCCCGCACUGCAACCACGACCACUCGGUGGCAGCACCUCUGGCCUCUAAGAUCCCUCUCCCGGGGGAAGUAGACGUGCGACGGCUGCAGCUCUCGGUGCCCAAGAUGGCUCUGCGUUCGGGGAACUACUCGCUGGUGUUCUCCCUGUCCUACCAGGGGGUUCCCCUGAGGAAGGCUGCCUGUCUACAGCUGACCGUCAUGGCCGCCCGCCUGGUACCUAUCAUAGAGGGAGGGACCUACAGGGUGUGGUCCAAGACCCAGGACCUGCAGCUGAUGCUGAGCAGAGCUAUGAUCCCAACAUGAACCUGGACAGCCAGUCACUACUCUGCUACCACUGGGAGUGUGUCACCAUCU